AUGGCUGCUGCAAAUACAGAUAAUGCUCGAACCUUGAGGCUCUCUGCGUUUUUUAACAGCGUUACCAAUGGCAAGAGAACGCUCUCAAUUGCGCGUGAUGGCAAACUGUUUAUUGAAGCCUUGUGUGCUCAGGCAGACCCGGCAGCCUGUGCUCACAAGCUCCUUUCCAGCCAGGCAGGGCUUCAUGCCCUCCAAGCAUCAGUGCGAUUUGAUACUUCUCCCUCGUUUCUUAACGGAGAUGCCUUGACACUACUCCAGUACCUUCAAUCGUCGCCCCUGGAACAGAUCGAUUCCGGAUCUGUUCUUAACAAGCUGCUACUCAGUAUAGUAGACCCGCCAUUUUUCUGGGACAGUUGCAUAAAAUCGUUCGUGGAUGGCUUGCUUAACCCAGAAGCCUGCCACGCCUUCGCAUGGCUACUGCUACGGCUCAUUUGCUUGCCUGGAAGGGCAUCAUCUCCCUACGCUGCCGUGGCAAAUUCACAGAAUAUUCUAGACUCGAUACUAAAAUCACCAAAUGGAGAAACUCGCAACCUAGGACAGAAAAUCAAGCAUGCUUUACCCCUGGAUGCGUCAGAACUUCACCAAGCCGAAGGAUAUUCACCCGGCGGCAGGCAUGACAACGAUCAUGUAAACUUUAGGGAGAUUUUAAUCAUGCCUACUGCAGAUGAACUUUUGUCCAAGGACCGCCCAUUCCUACGCACCGCUGAUUUUAUCGACGACCCAGACUUUGCAUCCCAGCGUCGCGACAUGUAUCUAGACAAUCAGUUCCGGCUCCUCCGCGAAGAUAUGCUCUGUGAAAUAAGAGAGGAGCUGAAAAUGCUUACAGGGGAAAAGCGUGGUCGCCACAAAGGCAUUGUUGUGGAUAGUCUUUCUCCUGCUGGAGUAGAGACGGGUACCGCACGCAAACGCUUGCCGUGGUGUGUCGUACUUAGAUGCAAAGGGGAGCUUCCUCAGUUGAAAAAUAUUGCCAAGGGAAAGAAGGUAGCCUUUCUGAAAGAUAACCGGCACAUUUUACGGCACGGAAACAUGGCAUGUCUAAUGAUUGACGGAGAGCCAGCAGCGUUUCCAACGAUUCACCGAGAUGAAGAAAGGCUCGCAGCUAACCCUGCCACAGUCACUAUACAAUUUUCUGAUGAUGACAGGCUCUCGCAUGCCCUGUCUAAGAUGAAGACCGCUAAAAGCAUUACAUUGAUCCAGCUCGAUGCCGCAGUAUUUGCAUUUGAGCCAUUCUUGCGCCGCUUACAAGAGAUGGUUGACCUACCACUGGCAGAGGAGCUACUCCACUGGGAGGAAAAUAAAGCCAUCGCAUGCCCAUCUUUUCGGCCAACAAGAGUGAUCGCUGCCCUAGAACAACUUUCCGGCCAGAAUGUACAAAGUCUCUUAGGCCUUCAGAAAAAGGUCGUUCUAGAUGAUUCUCAAAUGACGUCUCUUUGUACCAGUUUACUUCAACGAGUCAGCCUUGUUCAGGGCCCACCUGGAACCGGAAAGUCGUUUAUCGGUGCUUUGAUAGCCAAGACCUUGCACGACUCAACGUCGCAAAAGAUUCUGGUGGUUUGUUUCACAAAUCAUGCCCUAGAUCAAUUCCUUGAGGACUUGAUGGAUAUUGGAAUACCACAGUCGACUAUGGUCCGUUUAGGGGGUAAAUCAACUGACCGGACGAAGCAAUUGAUGAUCCGAGAAAUGCCUGGCAUGAAGCUCGGCAGAAAUCAGUGGGCUCAAAUCGAUAGAUUGAAACAUAAGCUAUCCUUCACCGAGGAAAGACUUGAGGAUGUUUUCAACCGCUACCAGGCUGCCAACAUUCAGCAAAAGCAUCUCAUGGAGUACCUUGAGUUUUCGCAUGAAGACCUUCCAUUCUACGACGCUUUCGUGGUUUCAAAAAUUGAUAACGAUGGCAUGAUUCGAGUUGGCAAAAGUGGAAAAGCCAUGAGCCCAUUCUACCUUCUUGAUCGAUGGAUCAGCGGUGAAAGCAAUGCUGGAUCACUCCAACAUUUACAGCCGAAAGAUGCCAGUGCAGUCUGGGAAAUGCCACUGGCGUCAAGAAAAUCCACUCUAGCGCGCUGGCAGACAGCCAUCCUGGAAGACCUUGUAAUGGAGAUUCGGGAUUCCGGACGACAGUUCAACUUGGAUCAAGCCGAAAUCGACAAGAUUUUUAAACAGCAGGAUGCAGGCGUUCUAAAGAAUAAACGGAUUAUUGCCUGUACCACAAACGGAGCUGCCAAAUACUCUGCGGAAAUACAAAUCGCGGCACCAGGCGUCGUCCUCGUCGAAGAGGCUGGUGAGAUCUUGGAAUCUCACAUUUUAACCUCGUUAGGACCCCGUACGGAGCAAUUGAUCCUAAUUGGAGAUCAUAAACAACUCCGUCCUAAGUGUUCAUACGAACUCAGUGUUGACAAGGGUGAUGGCUUUGACCUCAAUCGGUCCUUGUUCGAACGGCUUGUUCUUAAAGGCUUUCCCCACGUCACUCUCAAAAAGCAGCACCGUAUGAGGCCGGAGAUCUCUUCUAUGAUCCGCCACCUAACUUAUCCUGACCUCACCGAUGCCGACUCAACCCAUAAACGGGACAAUAUUCGUGGCUUCUGUGAUAAUGUAAUAUUCAUUAAUCAUUCCCAACCAGAAGUUGAACUGCAGGGUUCGAAGGAACAGAGGGACGGCCGGAGUGCCUCUAAACAAAACUUAUUUGAAGUUCAAAUGAUGUUGAAGUGUGUGCGAUAUUUGGCUCAGCAGGGUUAUAGCUCCGACAAACUUGUCGUUAUUACUCCAUAUCUUGGACAGCUAAAGCUCUUGAGAGAGCAUCUUGCAAAGGAAAACGAUCCUAUACUCAAUGACCUUGACAAGUUUGACUUGGUGCGCGCAGGGCUACUCACUGAUUUAAGCUCUAAAGCUAAAAAACCAUCGCUCCGUAUAUCAACCAUCGACAACUACCAGGGUGAAGAGAGUGAUAUCGUUCUGGUCUCGAUGACCAGAAGCAACAAAGCAUUCGAUAUUGGCUUUAUGGCGGCACCUGAGCGUUUGAACGUCUUGCUCUCGCGCGCACGAGACGGUCUAAUUAUACUUGGAAACGCUGAGACGUUCAUGCAUGCUCGAAAAGGAAAGGAUAUUUGGCGAAAAUUAUUCGCUCACCUAAAGGAAAAUGGUCACCUCUACGAAGGAUUUCCCGUGAAGUGUGAGAAACACCCAGAUCGAACGGCUUUACUCUGUAAAGCUAAAGAUUUCGAAACAGAAUGCCCGGAUGGGGGAUGUAAGGAGCCUUGCGGCGAAAUGCUAAACUGCGGCCUUCAUAAAUGCCCGAGUAGCUGCCAUCAGCUGAUCAACCAUGACAAAAUGCUUUGCCAGACUCCUUUAACUCAAUCAUGUGUAAAGGGGCAUAACCAAUCCUGGAAGUGCCACCGUGGCGCACCACUCACUUGCCCAAAAUGUGAACGUGACAGAAAAGAGACACUAAAGAAAGCCCAAAAAGCCUUAGAGGAAAAAGAAAGACGGGAAGAAAAGAUGAGAAGACACCAAGAAGAAGUUACAAAGAUAGAUGAGGCUAUUGAAGAGAUUAAUCAAAGGGCAAAAGAAAUACGCCAAGAACGUGAACUAGAAGUCAUUUUACUUCAGAAACGGCAGGAUCUUGAAGCUGCGAAGCAACGGGCGACUACGACAACCAUCCCUCAAGCGGAAAACCCUAACCUUAUUUCAGCCUCCCAAAAAGACAGCCUUGAAAUCCCAUCAAAAUCUUUAUCUGCAGAAAAAUCCUCGCUGGACAAGCCAAGUGAGCAUUUACCGGUCAUUGAUCAGAGAAAACCAGCCAUUGAGCAUAGAAAAUCUCCCUCACAAAUAGAAUGGCAACGGCAGAAGGAUCAAGAAAAUGCACGCAAUCCAGCUAUUGAUAAGAUCAUGGAGAUGAUUGGCUUGGAGCAUGUUAAAAGUCAGGUUUUGAAAAUCAAAGCAAAGGUCGAAACCGCUAUCCGCCAGGACGCUGAUCUUAAGAAAGAACGCCUUGGGCUUACACUCUUAGGAAACCCGGGCACAGGUAAAACAACGGUCGCAAGGCACUACGCGAAAGUGCUAAGCUUACUAAAAGUCCUUCCAGGACAUGGUUUCACUGAGACCACUGGCUCAAAUCUUGCGCACGGUGGCAUUCGUGAAGCCAAAGAGCACUUGAAGCAAUUAGAAAAUGCAGACGGCGGUGUAUACUUUAUCGAUGAAGCCUACCAGCUUACGGAGGCACACAACUACGGUGGCAAACCCGUACUGGAUUAUCUGCUUGCUGAAAUUGAGAACCUCACAGGGCGAGUAGUUUUUGUUUUUGCGGGAUACAGGAAGCAGAUGGAGAAAUUCUUUGAACAUAACCCUGGGCUUUCCAGUCGUAUACCUUACACCCUCCACUUUGACGACUAUACCGAUGCAGAGCUUCUGAAGAUGUUACAAUUUCAAAUGUCCAAAUUCUUUAAACGUGGAAUGGACAUCGAAGAUGGCCCUGAUGGUUUAUACAUGCGGAUUGCGGUUCGUCGAUUAGGAAGAGGAAGGGGGCGCAAUGGCUUCGGCAAUGCCAGAGCAUUAGAGAAUAUGUUUGCUCAGAUUCGAGAGCGACAAGCGGAACGUUUAACAAAGCAGAGAAAGGAAGGGAUGAGUCCUAAUGACUAUCAUAUCAGCAAGGAAGACCUCAUUGGACCUGAUCCGUCUAAAGCAAUUCUAACCUGCAAUGCCUGGACCGAGCUCCAGCAACUCAUCGGCCUAGGAUGCGUCAAGAAAUCAAUCAGUACAAUGAUUGACCUUAUCAAGACAAACUAUACCAGGGAGUUAGACGAAAAAGAAAUAAUCAACGUAUCCCUCAAUCGCAUCUUCCUUGGCCCACCAGGAACUGGGAAAACUUCUGUCGCCAAAUUGUAUGGUCAAAUUCUAGCCGAUAUUGGGAUGUUAAGUAAUGGUGAAGUCGUCGUCAAGAACCCGUCCGAUUUCAUCGGUAACGUUAUUGGCCAGUCUGAGGCAAAUACCAAAGCUAUACUCGACACAACUGUCGGUAAAGUCCUUGUUAUUGAUGAAGCUUAUAUGCUCUACUCUGGGUCCACUUCCAACGGAGGGGCCAACACCGACAUAUUUAGGACUGCUGUCAUCGACACUAUUGUCGCAGAAGUUCAGGGUGUACCAGGCGACGAUCGAUGUGUCCUACUCCUUGGUUACGAGUCGGAGAUGCUUAACAUGUUCCAGAACGUUAAUCCAGGCUUAACCCGAAGGUUUCAACUUUCGGAUGCUUUUCGGUUUGAAGACUUCAGUGAUUCCGAGCUUCAAGGGAUUCUUCGGCUAAAACUUAAAAAGCAAGACUUGGGCGCAACUCAGAGAGCCGUGUCUACGGCGGUUGAUGUUUUGGCUCGUCUGCGUAAUGGGCUCAGUUUUGGAAAUGGUGGAGAUGUGGAAACUUUAAUUUCUAAAGCUAAAGUCAACUAUCAGGCUCGACAAGCUACGCUACCGGAAGCGCAGAGAUCUUCUGAUUUCAUAUUUGAGCCGCAAGAUUUUGAUCCAGAUUUUGAUCGAUCCUCUGGAGCUGAGACUAAUCUUCAAGAGCUCUUCAAAAACAUGGUUGGCUGUGAAAAAGUCGUUGAAAAGCUAGAUGGGUUUCUGAAAGUUGCUCAAGGAAUGCGAGCUCAGGGUCUCGACCCUCGUGGACAAAUUCCAAUGAGUUUUAUCUUCAAAGGACCACCAGGAACUGGAAAAACAACCACGGCGCGAAAAUUUGGUCAAAUCUAUUAUGACCUUGGCUUCCUCUCAAAGGUUGAAGUGGUAGAAUGCUCUGCCACUGAUCUAAUCGGUCAAUACGUUGGCCAAACGGGUCCAAAGACUAUAAAGCAGCUCGAGCGUGGAUUAGGCAAAGUCCUUUUUAUAGAUGAGGCUUACCGGCUCGGUGAAGGUCGAUUCGCCCAAGAAGCAAUAGACGAGCUGGUUGACAAUAUGACCAAGCCAAAAUUUGCAGGAAAAAUUGUGAUUAUCCUUGCAGGCUAUGAUAAUGACAUGAAUAAUCUCCUUCGUGUGAAUGAGGGGCUGAGCAGUCGCUUUGCAGAUGAGGUAGUUUUCCCAUCAUUAAGCCCAAAGUACUGCCUUCAGCUACUCGAGGAUACCCUGAAGCAAAGCCAGGUCACUUUUCCAUCGAUGCAUGAUCAAACCUUCUAUCUUGACUUCCAAGAACAAAUUGAAGAGAUAUCCAAGCUUCCCGGCUGGGGAAAUGCGAGAGAUAUCCAGUCGCUCGCGAAGACCAUGGUUCGCGCUGUAUAUCAGAAUAAUACUACCAAGGUCGACCAACUUAAGUUACCGGCCAAAAUAGCCCAGACCUGUGUCCACGACAUGUUGGUCGAUCGAUGCAAGAGAGCAAAUGUUACCCCUGCAUCCCGACCGCGGUAUUCAGGGCCAGUUGAAUCGCAGGAUGAUUCUAAUUCUCCACCACCCGUCGGAAUUGGUGUCUCGACAACAGCAAACUCCGAUAUACCGAAAUCAAAGGGAGACGAAAUUCCAGAUAUAUCACCACCUGAUGCUAAUAUAAAUGAUGGCCGUGACGCCGGGGUUACUGAUGACAUUUGGGAACAACUUCAGGCUGACAAAAAGAACGCUGAGCUUCAGACGCAGAAGAGCGAGGAGGAGAUCCGCAGCCUAGAAAAAGCCCAGCAUGCUGCAGAGGAAGCUCGAAAGGAAGCUGAAAAGGCUAUAGCCGCGUUGCAAGAAAUGAAGGCAAAAAAUGAUGCCGAUAUUCUCGAACGCUUACGGCUUCGUGAAGAGGCAAGGAUACGUGAGAUUGAAGCAAAAGCUGAGGCAGAACGCAUUCGGAGAGAGCGAGAAAGAAAAAUGCGGGAAGAGGAACAAAAAAGGAAAAAGGAAGAGCUUGCUCAGCGCAAACUGAGGGAGAUGGGGGUUUGUGUCGCCGGGUUUAGAUGGAUCAAACAGAGCGGCGGAUAUCGGUGUGCUGGUGGCACCCAUUGGGUAUCGGACUCUCAAUUGAGGUAG